AUGCUUGCCGCGAAUGCCUGUCGUGGUCUCUGGGAGGAAGCGUUGAAACUUCUUCUGCAGAUGCAAAGGGAAAAACUGGAGUUUGACCAAUUCAGCCUCUCUGCUGCACUUUCAGCUGCAGCAAACUUGGCAUCCUUGGAAGAGGGAAAGCAGAUUCAUUGUUUAUCUACUAAACUUGGGUUUGACUCAAAUUCUUUUGUUGAAAAUGCUACAAUGGAUAUUCACGGUGGUCUAGUAGAUGAAGGCCUUAGAUAUUUUGCUUCUAUAACUUUUGAAUUUGGAGUCCCGGCUGCCAUAGAGCACUGUGUUUGUAUAGUAGACCUUCUUGGAAGAUCUGGAAGGUUCCGUGAAGCCAUAGCUUUUAUUAAAGAUAUGCCAGUUCCACCAAACGACUUUGUUGGGAGAUGCUUGUUGGCAGCAUGCAGGAUGCACGGAAAUUCAGAAAUAGGAAAGGUAGCAGCUGAAAAUCUUUUGAGGUCUAACCCAUCGGAUGACUCGGCUUAUGUUCUUUAUUCAAACAUUUGUGCAACUUCUGGGAGCUGUUGGGUCAAGCUAAAGAACCAAAUUAGCACCUUUGGGAUCGGAGACUUGUCUCACCCGGAGUCAGAGCAAAUAUACAGGAAGUUGACAGAACUGAGAAAAAAGAUUCAGGAGGCUGGUUAUAUUGCUGAUACAAGUUAUGCAUUGCAUGACACGGAUGAAGAACAGAAGGAGCACAAUUUAUGGAUGCAUAGUGAAAGACUUGCACUAGCAUAUGCUUUGAUUAAUACUCCUGAAGGUUCAGUUCUUCGAAUAUUCAAGAACCUUAGAGUCUGUGGCGAUUGCCAUUCUGUUUUCAAGGGCGUAAGCAGCAUUAUUAGUAGGGAAAUCAUAUUGAGGGAUCCUUAUCGGUUUCACCAUUUCAGUGGUGGCCAGUGUUCUUGUGUGAUUACUGGUGAUAAUGGUAUUGGUAAUCUCUGA